AGGAUUGGCAAUGAUUUGAAUCAAAUUUUUUUUCUUCACUGUCUCCUUCUUCCGUCUUCCCCAUCUCCCUACUAAUUCUACUUAUCAGCGCUUACUAUACCACCGUCAUCUUUAUUGCUGCUGCUGCUGUUACGACUGCCGCAACAACACGUUUAGUGUGUAAUAUUAUGUUUCAUUCUCAACGCUAUCGAAACUGACUAAAUGUUCACUUCGGGUGAGUGAGAAAGUUUUGAAAACUUGCAGCUGGUUAAACAAACUCAGUUAAACCUUCAGUAUCUGAUAUAUCAUUGUUGUGGUGUAAAGAAUGAAUCGUGGAUCUGCACCUCCACCACCAGAAAAACCGCCUUCCGUGGCUGAAAGAACAAGACUUUUGAAAUCUAGUUUCCGUCGAGACGAUAUUGACAGACCUAAAGUUGUUGACAAAUCCCGUCUUUUGUGCGAGAAGCCUGAUGUGAAUCCUAUACUUAUGACCUCUUCCCGGAUUGCUAAUGGAGAAGGAAAUUCAUCCCAAAACAUUAGUGGUGGUACCCCAAUCCAAUUAACUUCUACCAUGUCUAGUACAACAACAGUAAACAAUGUACAUAUAACUGGUGUCUCUGACUGGUCUCCGAGCUCUGAAAAUAAACCUGUUAACGGUGUAUCAAAUACUAUUAUAAAUACAGAUUAUAACAAAGAAAAUUCCAAGUUGGCUCUUAAUGCUGCCAAAAGGGAUGCUUUUUUUAAAAAUGAAGCAGCACCCAAAUUUGACCCUAGUGCAAGGUUCGGAAUGGAAAGGGAGCGUACACGAGAACGGGAAAUAAUUACAAAGGAUGUUGACAAUGAUCGUAAUGAGAAGCACCAUCGAGAGGGUCAUAAAGAACUGGAGAACUAUGUAGGCUUUGCUAACUUACCAAAUCAAGUUUACCGAAAAUCUGUCAAAAGAGGGUUUGAAUUUAACUUAAUGGUAGUUGGUGAAUCUGGUUUGGGAAAAUCUACAUUGAUAAAUUCUCUAUUUCUAACGGAUUUAUAUUCUUCUGAGUAUCCUGGACCAUCACUAAGAAUUCAAAAGACUGUCAAGGUUGACACAACUCAAGUACUCCUUAAAGAAAAUGGUGUUUCAUUGCGUUUAACUGUUGUUGACACACCAGGUUUUGGAGAUGCCGUUGACAACAGCAAUUGUUGGCAGCCUGUAAUUGAUUUCAUUGACACUAAAUAUGAGGAAUAUCUCAACUCAGAAUCCAGGGUUAACCGAACCAUUAUGCCUGACAACAGAGUCCAUUGUUGCUUAUAUUUCAUUGCUCCCACAGGUCAUGGACUGAAACCACUUGAUGUUGAAUUCAUGAAACGUCUUCAUGAUAAAGUAAAUAUUAUUCCACUCGUUGCCAAAGCUGACACACUGACACCAGAUGAAUGCAGAGAUUUCAAGAAAACUAUUUUAAAUGAAAUAGCGCAGCAUAAAAUCAAAAUCUAUGAGUUUCCUGAAUGUGAUGAUGAAGAGGAAAACAAACUGCAGAAGAAAUUACUAAAGAAAGACUUAAAAGGCGGUAAAUUCUUCAAGGACCGAGUUCCUUUCGCUGUUGUUGGCAGUAACACUGUGAUUGACUGCAAUGGAAAGAGAAUGCGUGGACGUCAAUAUCCAUGGGGGAUUGUUGAAGUUGAAAAUCUUGAGCAUAAUGACUUUAUUGCUCUUCGAAAUAUGCUGAUUCGGACACACAUGCAAGACUUAAAAGAUGUGACCAAUAAUGUGCAUUAUGAAAAUUAUCGCUAUAGUAAGCUAGCUCCUGUCACUGCUGAUGGAAAAGUAAAAGCAUCUCUUGGAAAGGAUCCCCUCACACAAAUGCAAGAGGAAAAGCGUGAACAUGAUGCUAAAAUGAAGAAGAUGGAGGCUGAAAUGGAACAAGUUUUCGAAAUGAAGGUCAAAGAAAAGAAGACCAAAUUAAAGGACUCUGAAGCUGAUUUGCAACGAAGAGCUGAGCAGAUGAAGAAAAGUUUAGAACAACAACAGAAAGAACUUGAUGAGAAAUGGUCUGCCUUUGAGAAAGAAAAAUCCACUUGGGAAGAGCAGAUGGGAGAAAGAAGACGCUCACUAGAGAAUACAAAAGAUGCGGCCUGGUCUACUUUUUUUCGGUUGAAACGCUAAAUUGAUCAAAAUAUCACAAGGAGAGCAGUACAAAGAAAGAUAAGAAGAAGUCCAUAUUUUGAAAAGGAAGUGAAAUUGCUUAAAGAAUGUUUAUGGUUCCACAAUUUUAUUGGGAGGACUACAACAAUAACUUUCUGACUGACCAGGAUCUGUCAGCAAUGUGCAACAAACUGCAUUCACUCACUCUCCAGUAUUUUCAACAUGACUUCUCUUUUCAGCUAUCAUUUUCAAUUCUUUAGGGUGUCAUCUUUUUUGGAAUGUAAUAUUCUGUAUCCAAUCUACCACAAUUUUUCAUUGUCAUCUUCCUAACUGGAUCCUAGUGCCAGACGUUUGCCAAAUCAGCACUAGUAUAAUAAUACUUCUAAUGUAAACAUUAGAAUCAUUUUUAUUAAUUACAUAUACCUUUCACCAACAUAAAACAAGAUCAUGUAUUUCUAUAUUUACUUACUGUAUCAUAUGCUUCAUCUUCCCAUAGCAUUCAUAUCUGAGAGAUUCAAUUUUUGAACGGAUGUUCAAUUUACAAGUUUUGUCUUUAAAAUUUAUGUGGCUUAGUUAGACAUUAACCAUUUCUUGAUAAUAAAAUUACACAUGUUCUCUGAUACUUAGAGAGAAAGAAAGAGCAUGAAAGUGAAGUGGUUUACAUUCAAAUCAUUCAUUUUAAUAAUUUUGAUAACUGAAAAAUGUGCUAUUUAUACAGUUUCUGAAGCCAGAGUAGCUUUGGUCAUGUGACAUAAUGGGGAACAAUAAGCAACAUGUUGAAAGUGACUGAUAAAGGAUUAGAACUGAUAAAGACUGAUAAAAGAUUAGAACUGUUGUUAGGCACACCUAGCCAUUUUAUUUUUAUUGUUAUUCUUUGUAAAUAUUUUUGAUGGUAAAAUAAAUUCUAUCACUAGAUUGGUUUCUUCUUAACUGGUAAAGAAGUGAACUAUAUCAAUAGAUAUAAAAUCUUAUGCAUUCUAUAAUUUUGACUAAUUACAGUUGAUAUUCUAUCCAAUGACUAUCUUUUAUUACUAAAGAUUAAAAAUAAACAUGUUCACUCUCUGCAAAGAAUAUAAAAUGAUAAAGCACCGGUUGUAUUACUUGGAUAUUUUUUCUUUGCCAUUAUAAAGUUUGUUUUGUUUUUUAUUAAGCAUAGAAACUUCUAUAAAGUUACCUGUUCAUUUAAAAUUUUCUUCUCUAAAUUUAUUUUCAUAUGGAAUUACUUCACAUAUUUCACAACAUUUACAGUAAUUUAUCAAGAAGUAAAAAUGAAAAGUUAACCAGUAAUGUUAUAUUAUCAAAUAAAUCUGUGUUUAUUAUUGGUCUCCACUGCCUUCUUAGUAUCACUAAACUCAAAUUUUGUUUCACAUGCAUCACCAUAAAAUAAGUUUCCUUUCAAAUGUUAUUUUCCCCUCCCUCUAUUUUUUUUUUAUAUUACAUUUUAUAUUCUUUUCACCUAUACAAAAAUAUUUAUUUCAAGUAUCAUUUCCAAGUAAACUUAAAAGUUCAGUCUUUGUUUUAGUUUGCAAUUAUUUAUUUAAGUCAUAUUUAUUAAGAACAGAAACAAAAACAUUUGGUGUAAAAGAUCUGCCUUAAAUUUACCUUACUUUAUAAACAUAUUUGAUAGCUACUGUUCUAAUGUGUAGAUAUACCCACUUUCUUCUAAAACCAAAUGUGUGGUUCUCUUGAGAAUGGCAUUUUUCAAAGACAAUUCAUUGCAAAAUUAGUUUUUUCAAUUUUCCAUUAGAUAAUUUAUAUCUUUAUGUAUUAAAUCAUAAACAAACUGGCUCAGUACUUUGUAAUUAAGUUUUAUUUUAUUUUUUACCUUUUAUAAAUUUUCUUAUAAUUUCAAAUGCUUCCAUCUGUUAUAAAAUCCUACCUGGAAGUUGUUUUUUUUUUAUUUAUUUUUGCUAUGUACUUCUUUUAUAUCAAUUACCACUUAAAAUCAGUAACAAGAAAUAUUAAAAUUCAAAAAAGUUAAUUUUCUUAUUAAUUCAACUAAAAAAAGUGCCAUCCUAUUUCCCAUAAUCAUGCCACAUAUCAUUAUAAUUAAUAUGAAGCCUGUGCCCCAUAACAUCUAAUUUUACCAAGAGUACAACUUUUUUUUUAAAAGACAUUUUUCACCAUACUUUGUCAAAUUUUGCAUGCAAUUAUUUUAUAUCUUGAAUCUGUAUAGAAGAUUUCUUUUUAAAUAACCAAGUCAGUUAUACACAUACCUUCUCAUCAUGUUUUGUUGUAUGUGUCUAUAUAAUUCACCUUUUGGACUUUUGUAAAUGAUUGCUGUACCUGGGAUCCAAUGUGCAAUUUUUUUUACUAAAUAGUUAAUGACAUGUGAUAUAUAUUAAAAAAUACUUAUGUGUUUGCAUGAUGAAUGAAGUGACUGUUCAUUCAUUAAUGUAUUCAGUGAAUUAAUGCUUGUGUAUAAGUAAAAAAAAUCUGCUCUCAACAUUGAAAUCAAAACUGUUAUCUUUAUAUGCUUCCAUAUCUGCAAACCUUCACUGACAAUUCUGAUUUUCUGUCAAACUGGCAGCAAACUAUUGAAUAACUUCAAAACAAUUUUAUUAAUAAGAAAUAUCAAUUAUCAGCUACUGUACUCUUUAAAGUUUAGUAUAGAAAAAAUAACCAUUGUUUUAGGAAUUUAAAACAAUAAUCUAUAUCAAAGUGGUUUAAUAACGAGGAUCUAACUUCUUUAUUUAGUUUUAUAUCUAGCCACAUUAUUGCAUAUGAUCUACAGAAGAGGCUGGUGCAGAUGGUGUUCAUUAUGUGCUUUUAGUAUGCAAGGGUUGUGCAGAUACUAUAAUGAGCUUCUAGUAUAAGCAGAGAGCAUUUGAAACCAUUUCAUUUGUUUAUUUUUUUAUAAUUUGCAUUUGUAUUUAAUUUGUAAGUUGAUUUUUUUUUUAUUGUAAUAUUUGUUUUAAAUAAAGUAUUCAUUGUCAUUGAAUUCUAUUUAGUCUAAAUAUUUGAAUAAAAACAGUAUAAUCAUUGAAAUAGUCA